AUGAAGAUCAUUGUUCUGCUGCACUGGUUUGAAAUAUUUAUGUCCUUUUCUGGAAAAAUCCAGGCUAAGCAUUCUCAAUAUCAUAGCUCCCCAGAAGUGGUGAUUCCCUUGAAGCUAACUAGUACUAGCAGAAGUGUGACCACCCCAGGCUGGCUUUCUUAUAGCUUAUAUUUUGGGGGCCAGAACCACAUCAUUCAUAUGAAGGUCAAGAAGUUUUUGCUGUCUAGACAUUUGUCUGUGUUCACCUACACAGACCAGGGUGCACUCCUUGAAGACCAGCCUUUUAUUCAGAAUGACUGCUACUAUCAAGGUUAUGUAGAGGGGGACUUGGAGUCCCUGGUAGCCCUCAGUACCUGUUUUGGGGGCUUUCAAGGAAUUCUACAGAUAAAUGAUAGUGCUUAUGAAAUUAAGCCCAUAAUAUUUUCUUCCACAUCUGAGCAUCUAGUAUAUAAGAUCAAUAAUGAUGAGACACAAUUCCCAUCCAUGAGAUAUGGCUUCAUGCAAGAAGAAAUAGCACACCGGUUGGAGUUUCAAGAUAUUUCUAAUUUUACGCUCAAACAAAGUGCUUAUGAGGACUGGUGGACUCAUGUCUGGUUUGUUACAUAUGUAGUCGUUGUGGACCAUACUUUAUAUCUUCAUUACGAAAGGAAUACAUCAAAGUUGCAAGAGGAUUUAUAUAAUGCUAUCAAUGUUGUAGAUUCAAUUUAUGAUGCAUUGGGAGUUAAUUUGUUAUUGUUUGGUAUUGAGAUCUGGACAGAAAGAAACUUUAUUGCAGUAGACAAUGUAAAGAAUUCUCUAGCAUAUUUUUGUCAAUGGAAGGUCAAAAAUCUUUCUCCCCGCCUGCAACAUAAUGUUGCACAUCUUUACAUGAAUAAGGGAUUAAGAGGAUUACCUGGUUUAUCAUUCCUUGGAGGAAUGUGUGAAAUGAGUUAUAAUUGUGGGAUUGUUUCUUACCUUAAUCUAACCUUGAACAAUUUUGCAAUCUAUGUGGCUCAUGAGCUCGGUCAUAGUAUGGGCAUGAGUCAUGACACAGAUACAUGUACUUGUGGGAAAAAAUCAUGUAUAAUGAAUCCCCGAAAAAUUCCAUCAAUUAAAUUUAGUAAUUGCAGUUAUGCUGAGUGGUGGAAUACCAUUAUAAAGCAUAGAAAAUGUAUGCAUGAAAAUCCACAGACAGGAAACAUCCUUAUAGGGAAGCGCUGUGGAAAUGGUGUGGCAGAAGAAGAAGAGGAGUGUGACUGCGGAUCCUACAAGAAUUGCGCAAAGGAUCCUUGUUGUCUGCCAAACUGUAUGCUGAGUCCUGGGUCUCUUUGUGCUUUUGGACUUUGCUGCAAAGACUGCAUGUUUUUGCCAUCAGGGGAACUUUGCAGACAACAGGUCAAUGAAUGUGAUCUUCCAGAAUGGUGCACUGGGAAAUCCCAUCAGUGCCCUCAAGAUUUAUACGUGCAGGAUGGAAUCUCAUGCCUAGAUGAGGGCUACUGCUAUGAAAAGAGAUGCAAUAAUCGCAAUGAACAAUGCAAAGGAAUUUUUGGGAAAGAGGCAAAGAAUGCAAACCAGAUAUGCUACAAAGAAAUGAACACUCGAGGUGAUCGGUUUGGUCACUGUGGUAUAAAUGGCUCCAUAUACACCAAAUGUGCUAUUUCUGAUAUAUUGUGUGGCAGAGUUCAAUGUGAGAAUGUGAUAGAAAUUCCUGUUCUAAGAGAGCAUUCUACUGUACAUUUUACUCACCUCAAUGGUGUCUCCUGCUGGGGUACUGACUAUCAUUUUGGGAUGACCAUACCUGAUAUUGGUGAAGUGAAAGAUGGUACAGAAUGUGGCCCAGGUAAUAUCUGCAUUCACAGAAAGUGUGUCCAAUUGUCUCUUUUGAAAAGUGAUUGCUCGGCUCUAACUUGUAACAUGAGGGGAGUCUGUAACAAUAAACAUCAAUGUCAUUGCAAUUCUGGAUGGGGUCCACCCAACUGUCUGAGCAAAGGCAUUGGAGGUAGUAUUGAUAGUGGAAUACCCCCUGAAGAAAAGAACAGAAUAAUAUACCUGAUAAUAUUGUUGUUUAUUUUGUUGUUCCUUUUAAUUUUUUGUUGUAUCUUUUUAUGUUUUAAGAAGUCUAAAAAAGAAAAUCAAAAAGUUCAUACUAAACCUCAGAAAACAGAACGGAAAGCUCAGCCUCAAGCUCAGCAAAGAGAGCAAAAAAAUGAGACUGAAGCUCAGCAAGAACAAAAAGUUGAGAGUCAACUUCAGCAAGGAGAACAAAAAGUUGAGACACAGCUGAAGCAAGAAAGACGAAGAGUUGAAAAUCAAUCUCAGAAAGAAAGACAAAGAUUUCAAACACAAUCUCAGAGAGGUGGACAAAGAGUUCAGAUUCAGUCCUUGAAAUCAAAGCAAUCAGUGCGAAUUCAAGGACAUAAAUCCAUGGGCUAA